GUUAUGACGACGGAGUUGGAAGUCCUACCAACAGCCAGGAGCCACAACACAUCUCUGUAGAAGGUGUCGGCAGAAGGUCUCCUACUGACACAAGACUGGAGAAGGUUCCUCUAUAAGGUCUGAAGAAGGUAUUCUGCUGACCAGGUAAACGGAGGAAGAUGGGAGCUGCAGACCUUCAGGAGCAGCUCCGUCAUCUAACCGGAGAGAACUCCCGUCUCUUGGAGGAGAAGCAGCAUCUCUCCACCCGGGCUCUCUAUCUGGAGGGGAGGGUCUCCCACCUGUCAGCCUCCAACACACACCUGGCCUCCAAGCUGGGCCAGGCGGAGGCCCACAAACUCCAGGUGUCGCAGGAGUUGGUGGAGGAGAAGCUACAGCAGAACGCCAUGAGGGAGCUCUGGGAAGGAGAGAGGUUCACGCUCAGAAACCAGGUGUUGGACCAGGAGGUUGUAGUAGCCCAGCUGGAGGAGGAGAGAGAUGAGUUGCGCAGGGAGCUGCAGUUCCUCCAGUCUCGCCUGCAGGUGGCGGAGGAGAGCAGGGCGGCCCUGCCUGAGGAGCACAACAAGAGGAGCUCCGAGGUCACCCCCUUCAGGCACCUGCAGGAACAGCAGCUCAGCACCCUGGAGGGAGAGCUGCAGCGCAUCAGCACCCUGAUCAGCACCCUGUCCCACCCCAGAGUCAGACCAGAGGACCUGUCUGCUCUGGAGCAGCAGCACCGGAGCAUGGAGCGCAGUCUGCUAGUGAGCCAGCAGGAGGUGCGUGGUAUGGUGGAGGCGAUGAGGAGGGAGCAUGAGAACCAGCGGCUCAGACUGGAGGACAGAGCGCUGGUCGUGGGUGAGGAGCAGCAGAAACAGAGGGAGGCGAUCCAGAGAAUCCAGCAGAGGCUUUCAGCAGAGGCUUUCUCCAGCACGAGCUCUGAGCAUCAGCUGGUGGAGCUGGAGAAGGACAACUCCCGACUCCAGCUGCAGGUCAAACAUCUCAACGGGGAGUACCGCGCCAGACUGGUGUGUUACCUGCACGACCUGGCCGAUUGCAUGGACAGACCUGAAGUUGAUGGGAAGGGAGGAGGAGGAGGAGGCAGUGGUGAGGAGGGGCAGGGUGGAAAGAGCAAGAGGAAGAUGUUUGCAUUUGUGGAGGACAUGCUGCAGGAGAUCCGCUCCUCCUAUAGCUCUAGAGAGGAGCAGCUGGCCACGGCCGCUCGCUCCUACAAGAAGAAACUCCAGCGGCUCUCCAGGUCCCACCAGCACCUCCUCACGGGUUACAGGGCCCAGCAGGAGCCGACCCUGGGCCGGCCGGAGAGCGGACCGGACCCCGUGGCCCCUGGAGGCCAGUUCAGCCCGGAGGUUCCUGAGGGCCCCAAGCCCGGCCAGCGCCGCGGGGCCCAGGAGCCAGCCAGCGCUCAGGGCAUCCCAGGACAGACGAGUGAGGAGGCCAAGGCUGAAGAACAUCAGAAGGAGAUGGCUCCCUCCAUGCUGGAAGUGUAUGAGAAGGAGCGUGCCCAGCUCAUUACCAGGGCAACGGUCGCUGAGGGACAGGUGUCGGAGCUGCAACAGUACAUCGACAACCACCUGGGCAGGCUCCUCCCCCCUCCUCCAGGUACAAACAGGAGAUCACCCGGCUGAGGGGCGCCAAACCGGACCAGAGCAGUUGAACCCAGACCAGAACCAGAGAGAACCAGAGGCCCAGUUAUUUUCUGCUCUCGGAAAACAAUCAAGAUGACUUCAUCUUCAUCAUCAUCAUCAUGAUCAUCAUGAUCAUCAUCAUCAUCAUCAUCAUCAGUGGCAACCGCAGCAUCAUCACCCUCAUCAUCCACCUCAUCAACAGCAGCACCUCCUCUUCCUCCUCCCCCUCUCCCUCCCCUUCCUCCUCCCCCUCCCCCCUCUCCUCCACAUUAUAUUCACAUUAAAAGCUUCUCAAGAA